UGUUAGAUGUAGGGCUCGGGUAGCUAGGUCGCUUCUGAGGCCCCGCGCCAAGUCAACCUUUCUCUCUUUCUCUUCUACUACCAGGCUGCUGUAGUGCUUUUGAGGGCAGAUAGUGGUCCGUUCCUUUCCAGAUCUAAGUCUCAGUAGGUGCCGUUAGGGCGAUGUGUGGAUUUGUCUUACCUUGUCUAUCACAACUUUGAUUGCAAACAUGGCUCGGGGCCGCCCGCAUACGUAUUCAUUUAGAGGGCCAGCGCCCAGUGUCUUCGGGACACGUUCUCCGCAAUCUUCUCACGCAAGAGCAUGGCAGGCGUUCAAAGUGCAGAAAGGCCUGGAGCAGGCCCGGGAAGUUGGGAUUGCGGAUUUUCGACAGUUUGCCGCUUUUCUUUUGGCC